AUGGUACGGUACGCUGCGACCGUCUUGUGGGCGCUGGCGGCAUCGGCUGCGGCGACGGCGGCUGCUGCUGCCAACAGCGGAGCUGUCAACCAGUUCCCGGAUGGCUUCCUGCUGGGGGCUGCCAGCGCCGCCUACCAGAUAGAGGGGGCCUGGAACGAGGAUGGUAAAGGCGAAAACAUCUGGGAUCACAUGUUCCACGAGCAUCCAGAGUACGCUCACAACGGCGAGAAUGGUGACGUAGCCUGCGACUCGUACCAUAAGUACGCUGAAGAUGUCGAGGCUCUCAAGGGUAUCGGGGCCACAGCUUACCGUUUCUCCGUCUCGUGGUCGCGUGUUCUGCCGACUGGGGACCUGGACGUGAUCAACCAAGCGGGUAUCGACUACUACAAUAACCUCAUCAACCUACUACUGGAGAACGGUAUAGAGCCAAUGGUGACGAUGUACCACUGGGACCUGCCGCAACCCCUGCAGUACAUUGGGGGUUGGCCUAACCCACUGAUGGUGGAGUACUUUGUUGAAUAUGCUCGUCUGCUCUUUGAUACUUUUGGCGAUAGGGUGAAGUGGUGGACCACGAUCAACGAGCCGUACAUAGUGGCGUGCGGCUACUCCAGUUCCGGCUGGCAGGCCCCGUCACAGAACGCUCCGGGCAUCGGCAACUACCUGGCGGCGCACACCAUGAUCCGGGCUCACGCCAGGGUCUACCGCCUGUACGAGCAGGAGUACCGGGCCACGCAGAACGGAAAAGUGGGCAUUGCACUCAACUCGGACUGGUACGAGCCAGCAGAAGACAUCGAUUCCUACUUGGAAGCACAGGAACGCAUGUUUCAGUUCCAGCUGGGGCUGUACGCGCACCCGAUACUCCUGGACGGCGACUACCCGGCCGUGGUCCGCCAGAGGGUGGACAACAACAGCGCGGCAGAGGGGAGGCACAGGUCCCGCCUUCCCAGCUUCACCGAAGAGGAGAAGCAGUACAUCCAAGGUUCAGCUGACUUCAUCGGGAUUAAUACGUAUACAACUACCAUCGUCGAGCCUGGAGACUCUGGUGGUGUGCCGUCCUUUGAACUGGACACCGGCGUCAUCAGGUACCAGAACGAAUCUUGGCCGGGCAGCUCCGCGUCGUGGCUGAAGGUGGUCCCAUGGGGUUUUCGCAAGUUACUGAACUGGAUGUCAAACGAGUAUGCAGGAUACCCCAUAGUCGUCACUGAGAACGGCUAUGGAGACUGGGGAGAACUGGAUGAUCAGCGCCGAAUCGACUAUUAUGGGAGUUAUUUGGCCGAACUGUUGAAAGCUAUUAAUGAAGACGGUGUCAACGUACUUGGUUACAUGGCGUGGAGCAUUAUGGACAAUCUGGAAUGGGCUUCUGGAUACGAGUUACGCUUCGGAAUUUACAGGGUAGACUUCAACAGCACUGAUCUUGCAAGGAUUCCGAAAGCAUCUGCAAGCUUCAUGGGUGACAUCUUCAGAAAUAAGACAGUCCCUGAUGAGUACUUUCAGUAG